AUGGGGGACGCCAAGGGUCUCCAAAAUUGCCUAUCCAACGCCGGUUUGAAUCCAAACGGUCUCGACAACCUGAACUACUGGACACCUGCACACUGGGCCGUUUCUUCUAAACAUUUCGAUUGCCUUUUACAUCUAGCACCCUACGGCGCUCUGGAUACUCCCGCCGAACGGUCGCUUGCGACACCGCUACACCUGGCUGCUGAGUACGGGUUUGCUGACGCUGUCCGUUUUCUUCUUGCCAACUCCGCCCGAGUUAACUUGCAGGACUCAUCAGGUGAUACUCCUCUUCACAAAGCCGCUCGUAAAGGCCACAUGGAAUGCAUCAAGGCCUUGCUAAACCAUGCUGCUUGUACAGAUACGCGGAACUUUUAUGGACGAAGACCGUCAGAACUUUCGGCAAUGGCGGGACACUUCCAGAUCGCGUCCGCUCUCAAUGAAUUCACGAGGCUUCAGAAGCUUGAACCUGUCACCAAUACUGUCUGUCGUGUUCCACUUUCACCCUUAGGUACCCUAAAUCCCGGAUUCCGCAAUGGAUAUGUAUGUAAGCGUUCAAGAGGUUGUGUUGCGAUGGACUCUCUAGACGACGAUUCAGAUAAGCGUCUGCGUUUAUCUGGUAAGUUGUUGUGA